UCUUCCACCCUCCUCUCGUUCAAGAAAUCCAAGAAAGAAACAAUGGCAUUAUCACCUCUCUUUCACUCUAAUCUUCCUUCGCUCCAGUUUGUUCUUUUGGUUUCUGUCUUCAUCUUUAGCGGUAGCUUGUAUGCAAGUGAUGACCCUCAUUUGUCAUUGGAUUACUAUGCAUCUACUUGCCCCACUGUCUUCGACAUCAUCAGGAAAGAAAUGGAAUGUGAAGUGCUCUCAGAUCCACGUAAUGCAGCCCUUGUAGUGCGACUGCAUUUCCAUGACUGUUUUGUUCAGGGAUGUGAUGGAUCGGUUUUGCUAGAUGACACAAUCACCUUGCAAGGAGAGAAGAAAGCUUCUCCAAACAUAAACUCCCUAAAAGGUUUUAGAAUCAUUGACAAGAUCAAGAACAAGGUCGAAUCUGAGUGCCCUGGAAUAGCCUCUUGCGCAGAUAUCCUCACCAUCGCUGCAAGAGAUGCAGUGAUUCUGGUCGGUGGACCAUAUUGGGAUGUUCCUGUAGGAAGGAAAGAUUCCAAGACUGCAAGCUUUGAGCUUGCAUCAGCAAAUAUUCCAACCGCAGAUGAAGGUCUGGUAUCUAUCAUUUCCAAGUUUCUUUAUCAGGGCCUCUCUGUCACAGACACGGUAGCCCUUUCAGGGGCACACACUAUAGGCAUGGCCCGAUGUGCGAAUUUUCGAGCAAGGAUUUAUGGAGAUUUCGAAACAACUUCAGAUAGAGGCCCAAUGUCAGAGACAUACCUGAGUAACUUGAAAUCCAUAUGUCCUGCUGCUGGAGGUGGAGACAAUAACGUAUCAGCAAUGGACAAUAUCACUCCUAACCUUUUCGACAACUCUUACUAUCAGAUUCUAUUGAGAGGAGAAGGACUACUGAACUCAGACCAAGAAUUGUACUCGAGCAUACUUGGAAUUCAAACAAAGCAGCUUGUUGUGAAGUAUGCUCAUGACCCAAUAAGUUUCUUCCAGCAAUUCUCUGAUUCUAUGGUGAAAUUGGGAAAUAUCACCAAUCCUGAUAGCUUUACCAAUGGAGAAGUCAGGAAGAACUGCAGAUUUGUGAAUACAUGAGCUGCCAAACCAUGCAUCUAAAUUAAAUUAAUUUAUAUUUGUUCGUCAUAUCAAGAAGUGAAAAACACAGAUUUAUCUGUAACAGCUUUUGGCAAUUCAAAUGUCCCCCCAAAGGAAAGGCCUAUUCGAUGUUGAA